AUGCCUGCCCGCCGAGCUCUCAUAUCCAUCACCUCAGCCAACGCCACGCUAUUCAAUGGCAAAGAAACAACCGGCCUCUUCAUCAGCGAAGCCCUGCACCCCUACAAAGUCCUAGUCGCUGCCGGCUUCGAAGUAGACCUGUCAUCUGAGACAGGCAGCUACACGCCGGACUGGCUCUCUCAACAGCCAGACUUCCUUAACGGCGAAGACCUGGAGAUCUGGAAUGACACGAACAGCGACUUCCGGAAGAAGCUCGACAACAUGACCAAAGCAGCUGACCUCGACGGAUCGAAGUACGGCCUGUUCUAUGCCUCCGCUGGCCACGCCGCGCUCAUCGACUAUCCCACUGCCAGCGCGCUGCAGAGGAUCGCCGAGCAGGUUUGGGCUAAUGGCGGCGUUGUGGCAUCUGUUUGCCAUGGCCCAGCUAUCUUUGCCAAUUUGCUUGACACUGCUACUGGAGAGCCGCUUAUCAAGGGCAAGAGGCUCACUGGGUUUACUUCGGAGGCGGAGAAUACCAUGGGUAUUAUGGGUGAAUUGAGGGCUCUGGGGGCUGAGAUGGUGGAUGAAGUCGCUCAGCGGUUGGGUGCUACCUAUGAACGUUCUGCUGGUAUCUGGGAUGAUUUCCAUGUUGUUGAUGGUCGCCUGGUGACUGGCCAAAACCCUGCUAGCGCACUUUCCACCGCAAAGGCGGCCGUUGAAGUUUUUGAAAAGCUUUAG